GCUGCGCCGCGCUCCGCAACGUGUCUGGCGCGCAGUACGUGGGCUCUGGCUACACUAAGGCUGUGUACCGGGUCCGCCUGCCCGGCGGCGCCGCGGUGGCGCUUAAAGCAGUGGACUUCAGCGGCCACGAUCUGGGCAGCUGUGUGCGCGAGUUCGGGGCGCGAAGGGGCUGCUACCGCCUGGCGGCCCACAAGCUGCUCAAGGAGAUGGUGCUGCUGGAGCGGCUGCGGCACCCCAACGUGCUGCAGCUCUAUGGCUAUUGCUACCAGGACAGUGAGGACAUCCCGGACACACUGACCACCAUCACAGAGCUGGGCGCUCCUGUGGAGAUGAUCCAGCUGUUGCAGACUUCCUGGGAGGAUCGAUUCCGAAUCUGCCUCAGCCUUGGCCGCCUCCUCCACUACCUAGCCCACUCCCCUCUAGGCUCGGUCACUCUGCUUGACUUCCGCCCUCGGCAGUUUGUGCUUGUGGAUGGGGAGCUGAAGGUGACGGACCUGGACGACGCCCGAGUGGAGGAGACACCGUGCACUAACGGUGCCGACUGCGUGCUAGAGUUUCCAGCCAGGAACUUCAGCCUGCCCUGCUCGGCCCAGGGCUGGUGCGAGGGCAUGAACGAGAAACGGAACCUCUACAAUGCCUACAGGUUCUUCUUCACAUACCUCCUGCCACAUAGUGCCCCGCCUUCCCUCCGACCUCUCCUGGACACCAUCGUCAAUGCUACAGGAGAGCUCGCCUGGGGGGCGGAUGAGACCCUGGCCCAGCUGGAGAUGGUGCUGCACCUGUUCCGGAGUGGGCAGUACCUGCAGAACUCUACAAGCAGCAGGGCUGAGUACCAGCGCAUCCCGGACAGUACCAUCACACAGGAGGAUUAUCGCUGCUGGCCCUCCUACCACCAUGGUGGCUGCCUCCUGUCUGUGUUCAACCUGGCUGAGGCUGUAGAUGUCUGUGAGAGCCAUGUUCAAUGUCGUGCCUUUGUGGUCACCAACCAGACCACCUGGACAGGUCGGAAGCUGGUCUUUUUUAAGACUGGAUGGAACCAAGUGGUCCCUGAUGCCAGCAAGACCACGUUUGUGAAGGCCCCUGGUUGACGGGUUGCGGGCCUCGCUGACCAGCUGGGUUUGCCUGCUGCAGGCGUGACUUGCAUAGCACCCGGGAACCCUGCAGACAGAGCUAGCGUCCCAGAGCAACUGAUGUGACCAGGACAAACGUGCAAUAUGCAAAAGUGUUAAAAUGUGAGUUUGCCAGCUUUCGGUCUAAGACUGUUGCUCCCAGCCUGAGCGUCACUGGUUGGGAUCUGAUUGCCUCUCUGGAGCUGUGAGCAGGGCUCAGGCUGGUCUUAACUGGGAUAGUCCCAUGGGCAGCCCCAUUACUGCAUUCACAGUUUGAGAAUGUAGCCAGACACUGCUGCUGCUGCUGCUGCAUAAGCCACAGUGGGCAGGAGCUGCACGGGGACAGUCAGUCACAGAGUGUUCUCUCAGCUCAGCUCCAAAUGGAUCGCCGGGGGAAUGCUCCAAGAUGUGAGGGAGCCAGCCGUGGGAAGGCUCUCUGGCCUCUCCCUACGGGUUGCUCCUCAGCCAGCCCCAGGUCAUGGGCAGCAGUGCACACAUCCAUAUGAGCCAAGACUAGAGUGGAGGAGCAGAUUGCAUUUGAGCCAGGACCUGGGGUGGGGGUAGGGUCGGGGCCUUUCUGCCUCAUUUGCUUUCAGUGAAAGCCACCAAGCAGCCGAAACCAGGCUCUCCCCCUCCUGGAGUGUGCAUAUCCAGAAGCUUUUGUACUUCUUGUUCAUGAAAUUGUUUAUUUUUGUAAAAAAAAAAUUAAUCAAUUAAUAAAAUGAUGUUUUGUGACAAAUACUCCC